AAAGAAGCCGGAAGUGUGGUGGAGACACAGUGUAAAGAUGGUACUGAAAGACAUUCCAGCGGAAAACAUAACCCGCCCCUUGGGUCGCAGUGAGGUUAUUGGUUUGCUCUUUCGCCUCACAUUAUUCGGUGCAGUCACCUAUGUUACAAUAAAGUGGAUGGUGGAUGCUAUUGAUCCCACAAGAAAGCAAAAAAUGGAAGCGCAAAAGCAGGCAGAGAAACUCAUGAAGCAGAUCGGAGUGAAGAACGUCAAGCUUUCUGAAUAUGAGAUGAGCAUUGCAGCCCAUCUGGUGGAUCCAUUAAGCAUGCAUAUUACAUGGAGUGAUAUCGCUGGCCUAGAUGACGUCAUUACCGAGCUGAAAGAUUCAGUGAUUCUUCCCGUUCAGAAAAGGCAUCUGUUUGAGGGUUCAAAGCUGCUCCAGCCCCCCAAAGGAGUGCUUCUGUUUGGCCCGCCUGGGUGUGGAAAAACCCUGAUAGCCAAAGCCACUGCCAAAGAGGCCGGAUUCCGUUUCAUCAACCUGCAGCCCUCUACUCUGACUGAUAAAUGGUACGGCGAGUCACAGAAGCUGGCCGCAGCCGUUUUCUCACUCGCCAUCAAGCUCCAGCCCUCCAUCAUCUUCAUUGAUGAGAUUGACUCCUUUUUAAGAAGCCGCUCCAGUUCAGACCAUGAGGCUACUGCUAUGAUGAAGGCACAGUUCAUGAGCUUAUGGGACGGUCUAGACACAGACUACAGCUGCCAGGUCAUAAUAAUGGGUGCAACCAACCGCCCUCAGGAUCUGGACUCGGCUAUACUGCGCAGGAUGCCCACAAGGUUUCACAUUAAUCUGCCACAGCCAAAACAAAGGGAGCAAAUAUUGAAGCUUAUUCUGGAAAACGAGAAUGUGGUGAAUGACGUGAACUUGUGUAAAAUAGCGGAAGAGACUGACAGCUUUUCAGGAAGUGACCUCCGAGAGAUGUGUCGGGAUGCAGCUCUGUUCUGUGUACGGGACCUGGUGCACGCUGAGGGCACAUCAAGAGAAGACUGUAUCCGACCCAUCAGGCAGGACGACCUCCAAAAAGCCACUGACAAGAUGAAAAAGUCUAAGUGUGCAGGGCUGCCAAAUGUGAUGCUGUUGCAUCCUGCUUUGGAUUAAAUCUAAUACUACUGGUCAGGAUGAACAGUUUCUUUACACGAUUAGGGCUUUUUUAAGUGUUAUAUGAUAUGGUUUUGCUGGUUUUGUUUUAAUACUUUCUCUCACCUCUUUCUGUACUCAGUUCUGUACUUUACUCAGUUCCAUUUACUC